AUGACACUCCACGCGACGAGAACUCCGACCGCGAGGCCAACCCCGGAUCCACGCGUUGUCGAAGAAGACGAAGCGACCGAUGCGGGUACUCCGAGAUAUGAAGUUGAAGUUCACGGUCGCGCUGAUCGACCUGGGGGUAAUCCUGCUGGUGACCAUGGUGAAGUUGGCGGAGCCAGAGGCGAUCCGUCGGACAGUGAUGUUGAAGAUGUCGAGCAAGUUGCGGACGUUAUUACGGAGAGUCCUGGUGACUUGCAUGCAGUUGAGAAUGCUGGAGAAGAGAAAGAAAAGCGCCCGGCACUGGAACCCAGCAGCGGUAUCGACGACGAGAGUGACAGCAGUAGCGAGGAGAAUGACUGGGAGUAUCUUGAUGCUUUUGAUGACGAUGGUGAUGGUCACGGAGACGAUGACGAUGAUCACGGAGGAGCUUCUGGGACUGCAGGAGUUGCUGGAAACCCGGCCACGCAUUCUUGCUCAGGUGCGAGCAGCGGCUCGUCAGUGUCGGGAGGCAGUGGGAGCGCGACUACGAGUGCACGCACUACUAGUGGGGCAGGACCUGCUAGCGCUGCGGGAGAGCCGGAACUGCCGGCACCGAUGCAAACGCGCCGAGCAGUGCAACCCGAGCUGGAACCAGUGGGAGAUCGACAGCUGGAUCUAGCGCUACUGGAGGCGCUGGUGCAAGUGGCAACCCGCGAGGAAGGUGGACACGCACGGGGACGGCUGGAGCAUCAACAAGUGCUGCAGGGCGCACGUCUCCGACUGGCCCUCGCCAAUUCGGACGGCAGUGUAAGCCGAACAGCAAGUACAGCCCCAGCACGAGGGUGA